AUGGGCUGGUUCGACGAUGAUUCAUCUCAGGCCGAGGCCCACGACGUGGUUACGCAACGCCCUCACGAGGCCAAGUGGUCCCACGAACUCCUCGGCGGUGCGGCCGCGUUUGAGGCGGCCAAGGCGUAUGAGGACCACGUAGCGAAAAACGGCCAGCCGGACAGCCACGCCAAGGCCAAGGAGAUCGUGGCAGGCUUCAUCGGGGCCUUUGUCGACCGCGAGGUGGAGACCAAGGGGCUCGACUACAUUGACAGCGAGAAGGCCAAGCACCACGCGCGGCAGCAGGCCGAAGAGCAGCUGAACCAGGACUGGUAG